GUAUCAGCAAAUAUGAACAAAACAACAGAAUUGGAAGUCAUUCCAGCUCUUGGUCUAACUUGGUCCAAUCAGAUCACUUGUAGGGUUAUGCUGUCUCGUCCUAAGCUCUCUACGGCCUCAUUGGAAAAUAUUAAUCCUCCUGAGGUCACAUUUGAACCAACAUAUAGGAAACUAAAAGUUGUGUUUGCACCACAUAUACCCCAAAAUGAAAUAAUUGUUUACAUUGAUCCAAAUGGCAUACAUGGUGCACCUAUUUGA